CAUGCUAGGCAAAAAACCAUUCUUGGAAUACAUGAAGCAUCUUAGCCCUAAGCAUUCCAAUACAAAAUCCAAAUACAAAUGUACCCUGUCCCUGGUCCCUUUUCUCUGUCUUUCUCACUGUCAUUAAAAAAGAAAUAAUAAUAAGAUUAUUAACCCAAGAAGGGUUCACAGAAACAUGCAUGUCUUUUGGGUCAUAUGACUCAUGACUAGUUUAAAAUUUGCAUGGGAAUACGGAGAUCAAGGCUGCAAUAGGAUUUUGGUCGGAUAGCAACAAAAGUAAUAGAAGAAGCUUGUGCUCCAAGCACACCAUUCUUUUCUUUCCAUUCUCUCUCUCUCUCUCUCUCUCUCUCUCUCUCUCUCUCUCUCUCGUCUAUAUAAACUUUAAUAGUUUUCUAUAUACAAAAGCAUCUCUUCUCACCCCUCCACAUUGUUUUGCUUUCCCUUGCAAGUUUCAAUUCAACCUUUUCUUUUACUUAGCUGCCUCUUUUUUCCUUUAUAGACCGAUUAACAUUUGUCGGUUGCAUCUUUAUGUGCAAAAUCCACCCGAAGUUUAGAAUCUCCAUCUUAUCCAAUAAUUAAACGAUUAGUUAAUGUGGUUAAAACGGGUCAAGAGUUCAACCUUUUUAGUCCUCUCCCUGGCCCAAAACUUUUGCAGCUGUUCCUAGUUUGAAAUGCAUGACAAAUCCAUGUCAUGUGUAACUUUCUCAUUAGGCCCCACUUUUGAUCACAUAGAAUAAGAAUGGUCCUCCCCCCAUAACUCAUUCCAAUGUUUCAGUUCUAUUUAAUUUAAUAGCUUCUUGUUCUCUUAGAGCCAUCAUAAUUACAUUCUAUUUUUUCAUUCUUCAAUAGCAUUUGGUUUUCUAACAUUUUUCCUAAGGGGAAGCAUAACAAGUUAACAACACCAUCUCCUUAUAUCUCUACUUACCUGUGAGAGAAUCUGAAGUAAAACGAAAUGAGGUUUAUGACAGGCUCUCCAAAAGGCACGUGGCAACCGAUUAUGACUGCAGAUACAACAACACAAAGUUACUGGCUGAAUUGGAGGGUUUUGGUUUGUGCCAUUUUGGUUCUGUUUUCAGCUAUCAUUUCUUCAUUGAUUAUAUUGAAGUAUGAAGUUUCACGGAAGAAAGCAACAAGAAAUGGUAACAAGGAAGGAGAGAAAGAAACAUCAUCGACUUUGUACGAGGAUGAAAUUUGGAGGCCUUGUUUGAAAGGAAUCAACCCUGUCUGGUUGCUCGGGUUUAGAGUUUUUGCCUUUGCUGUGCUUUUGGUGCUUCUCAUACUCAUUGCUACUGAGGAUGGAGGAAGCAUUUUCUACUUUUACACUCAGUGGACUUUUGCUGCAGUCACCAUUUAUUUUGGGCUGGGAUCUUUGCUCUCCAUGCAUGGAUGUUACCAACAUCUUAAAAAAGCGAGUGGUGGUAAGGUUGGAAAUGUAGAUGGAUAUGCAGAACAGGGAAUUUAUGAUGCUCCUACACCCCCACAGAAUUCUAAUCCAUCAAACCAUGAGAAAGGCUUAGGAGCUCCACAAGAACAUCUUGUUCGCCAAACUGCAGGCACAUGGGGUUAUAUCUUUCAAAUAUUGUUCCAGAUGAUUGGCGGAGCUGUAAUGCUCACAGAUUGUGUGUUUUGGUUUAUUAUUGUUCCGUUCCUAACCAUCAAAGAUUACAACAUAAAUUUGCUAAUAAUCAGUAUGCACACCAUCAAUGCUGUUUUCCUACUAGGCGAUACGGCUCUAAAUUCCCUGAGGUUCCCUUGGUUUCGAAUAGGAUACUUUUGCAUGUGGACAAUCACAUACGUCAUAUUCCAGUGGAUUGUUCAUGCUAUAGUUAAACUCUGGUGGCCAUAUCCAUUUCUUGAUUUGUCAUCCCCUUAUGCUCCAUUAUGUUACUUUUCCAUGGCAUUACUGCAUAUUCCGUGCUAUGGCAUAUUCGCUUUGAUAAUGAAGCUGAAACACAGCGUGUUGUCGACGCGGUACCCUGACUCGUACCUAUGUGACACAUAAACGGGCUUCAAUUUUCAGAAGAACAACAAUUUUCUGGUAGAAAAAGGGAAGGGGAGUAGUAGUAAGAAAAUAGUAAAAAAAUAUUAUAUUGAGAAGUUUGGAUUCAUAUAUUGAGGUGCACAAAUAUACAGCAAACCAAAGUAUAUAGUUUUCUUUUUUCUUUCUUUUUUGGAAAAUUAAUGGUUGAACAGGCAAGGAGAAUUUUUGUCGUUACUUUCUGUCGGCAUGUAUGUAAUGUAAUAGACCAUGAAUUCUAAGAACUAUAAUCCGAGUGCAUUGAUUUAUUGAUUCUAGGAUUAUAUUUUAA